AUGGGGGGCAAGUCAGGAAACAAGGCCGGCUACUUCGACAAGCUGAAGGGCUUGUUGGAGGAGUACCGGUCCAUCUUCAUUGUCUCAGUCGACAAUGUCUCGUCGCAGCAGAUGCACGAGAUUCGCCAGGCCCUCCGUGGCGAGGGUGUCGUGCUGAUGGGCAAGAAUACCAUGGUCCGCCGUGCGCUCAAGACCUUCGUCGCCGACACCCCCGAGUACGAGCGCCUGCUGCCCUUCGUCAAGGGCAACGUCGGCUUCGUCUUCACCAACGGUGACCUCAAGGACAUCCGUGACAAGAUCCUGUCCAACCGCGUUGCCGCCCCCGCCCGUGCCGGUGCUAUUGCCCCCGUCGACGUGUGGGUGCCUGCUGGCAACACUGGUAUGGAACCCGGCAAGACCUCGUUCUUCCAGGCCCUCGGUGUCCCGACCAAGAUCGCCCGUGGUACCAUUGAAAUCACGACCGAUCUCAAGCUCGUCGAGGCUGGUGGCAAGGUCGGCCCCUCUGAGGCGACCCUGCUCAACAUGCUCAACAUCUCUCCCUUCACCUACGGUAUGGGUAUCGCUCAGGUUUACGACCAGGGCAACACCUUCCCCGCCAGCGUCCUCGACAUUGGCGAGGAGCAGCUCCUGAAGUCUUUCUCCUCGGCCGUCACCACGAUCGCCGCCAUUUCCCUGGCCCUCAACUUCCCCACCCUGCCGUCGGUCAUCCACUCGCUCGUCAACUCCUACAAGAAGGUGUUGGCCGUUGCUAUCGAGACCGACAUCAGCUGGCCCGAGAUUGAGCAGCUCAAGGACCGCAUCGCCAACCCUGAGGCGUAUGCCGCUGCUGCCCCUGCGGCUGCCGCCGCUUCCGGUCCUGCCGAGACCAAGGCCGAGGAGAAGGAGGAAGAGAAGGAGGAGGAGUCUGAUGAGGACGGUGGCUUCGGCGAUCUCUUGUUCGUACCCCCACGUCUCACUUCUUCGAGGACGAUGCUGACGAUUGAUAGCGGUUAA